AUGGCGGAUACGCAUUUACCAGAUGGGGAUCAUGACAGAGCAAGUCAAGUCUCAGUGACAAGUACCGCGAUGAUUGAACGAGAAGAGUAUCUUCGACAAGAAGCUGGGCGUUCUUACAACGUAUUGAAUGACUCUUACUUCCUCCCUACUGAUGAUGAGGAGUUUGCCCGAUUGAACAAGCAACAUCUUGCACUGAAACUUGCACUCUCUGGUCUAUAUACCGCGCCAGAAGUUGUUGAAGUCAUCCUCGCAAAGCGAGACGGAGAGAAGCAAAAGAUCUUGGAUGUCGGCUGCGGCACCGGUGUAUGGGCAGUCGCAAUGGCCAAAGCCUUUCCGCACUGCGAAGUCGUUGGAAUCGAUCUCGCGCCUGUACCGCUCGGACCCGAAGCGAUCCCACCAAACUGCCGCUUCGAACUAGACGACGUCAACAAGGAGCUCCCUCACUACUAUAACCAAUUCUCUGUGGUCCAUGCCCGCUUCAUUGCUGGUGGCUUGCGCGACUUCAAAAAAUGUAAAGGGGAGAUUGAGCGGUGCCUGGAGCCUGGUGGCAUUAUGCUAUGGAUGGACGGCGACUAUGACAUGUGCACGAAGGAUAAAGCCAUCUAUCGUGCUCCAGCGAGUGACGCACAUCCGGACGGUUCAUGGCUAGCACGGAUGAUAUUCGAAAUGCGUAGAACUGCUGUUCGAAUGGGCCGUAGUGAUAUCUUUACGAUGAUCGAAACAUUGAGUCUCGGGCUUUGGAAUGAUGAAUUACUGGAUCCAGAGACAUGCGGGGCGGCCGACUUGUUCAUGCCUUUGGAUCCAAAUCCUCUCCAGAAUCAGCGUCUACACCAUAUCGGCACGUUAAUGCGCCAGGAUUUCUCUAGCGGACACAAGGCGUUUCAUGUCCCCUUCCAGAAAGUCGGCAUCUCCGCAGAAACUUGUAACGAGUGGUCGGGUUUGGCCGACAAAGACUUGAACGAGAUGAAGAAACCGCUACUUGUCCGCUUUCCCUGUGCGUGGGGUCGUCGACGAGCAGGGCCAGGUGAAGCAGCGCCUCCACUUCCCUCUUCAUCAUCGAAAGCAGAUAUCAAAGAAAAUUUGCGCUCAAGUUUACCACCAUACCCUUACUUUGACGUGUUCCAAACAAAGGAACAAGCAAAGGAAGCGUAUGAGAGGAGGAACAAAACCAAGACAUUCACACCGCCCCCGAAUCCCCCGGGUCUACAAGUAUAG